AUGCAAGUAUUAAUUUUUGAAUCUAAACAAGAAUUAAGUAAAUUUGUAGCUGAAUUUGUCAUAGCGCAUAUAAAAAAAGUAUUCGAUCAAAAAAAUCGUUCAUUUGUGCUCGCUACACCGACAGGUGGAAGUGUGUUGGAUGCAUAUAAAGAACUUAGUGAAUUAGGACGAAAAAACACUGACAUCGAUUGGAAAAAUGUACAUACUUUUGCUUUAGAUGAGUAUUGUUUGAGAGCCACUAACUUUACAGACAGUUACAAGUAUUUUUUAAAAAAGAAUUUACUGGACAAUUUGCCAUUACCAGAAGAGAAUAAAAACUUUUUGAAUUAUUUGGCUGAUGAUUUGAACCAGGAAUGUAAGAGAUACGAAUCGAAAAUUGAAGUAUUAGGUAACUUUGAUUUAUUUAUUGGCGGUAUCGGACGAAAUGGGCAUAUCGCUUUUAACGAGCCUCCAAUAACGAAAGAUUCCAAGUGCAGAAUUGUGGAGCUUGCACAUUCUACAAUUGAAGCUAAUAAACGCUUUUUUAACAGUACCAGUGAAGUACCUACUAGAGCUAUGACUAUAGGGUUUAAAAUUAUUUUAAAAAGUAAAUUAAUAUUAUUAAUCAUGAAUAAGUUCUAUGUUCAUUUUGAAGUUUUUUUAGAGAUAGCAGUACAACAAACCCUAAGUUUAAGUUAUAUGGCAUUAGAUCUGGAAUUAGGUCGUCAAAAAAAAGAUUGUCUUUUAUAG